GCUGUGCUGACCUCAUCCUCUGUUCCCACAGAGUGGAGGCCUGCAGUGAUCCUGGCAGCCAUCGACUGUGCUGACGAGGAAAACCAGCAAGUGUGCUCUGAUUUUGGGAUAACCGGCUUCCCCACCAUGAAGUUCUUCAGAGCUUUUAGCAAGAAGCCAGAGGAUGGGAUAAGGAUUACCAAUCCCAGUGCCACUGUCGAGGAGCUGCGCCAUGCCAUCAUCACCAACCUUGAGAAGAGCCAGGAUGCCUGGCCACCUGCCUGUCCUCCACUGGAGCCAGCAAGCGCCGAGGAGGUUCGCACCUUCUUCCAGAGGAACAAGGACCAGUACUUGGCACUCAUCUUUGAGAAGAGCAACUCCUUUGUGGGCAGAGAGGUGACCCUGGACAUGCUGCAGUACGAGAACAUCGCGGUGAGGAGGGUGCUGAGCAGCGAGGAGGAGCUCGUGGAGAAGUUCGGCGUCACCUCCUUCCCCUCUGGAUACCUGCUCCUCCGCAAUGGCUCCUUCUCCCGCCUGCCUGUGCACGUGGAGGCGCGCUCCUUCUACACCUACUACCUGCGCACGCUCACGGGCAUCACCCGCGGCUCCUACAAGCUGAACGCCACGGCCAGCACCUUCAACGAGACUGACCGCGUGUCACAUCCUCUGCGAGCCGACCGCUCCAAGCUGUACAUGGCCGACCUGGAGUCCGCGCUGCACUACUCGCUGCGGGUGGAGGCUGCCCGUGCCUCCUCGCUGUCAGGAGCACAGCUGGCUGCCUUCAAGUGCUACGUGGCCACGCUGGUGAAGUACUUCCCAGGGCGCCCCUGUGUGCAGACCUACCUGCAGACCCUGGAUGCCUGGCUGAAGAACUGGACAGAGCCUGAGCUGCCCCGCACAGUUUUGAAGGAGGCCAUGAAGAAUAACAGAGAUGCCUCCCACCCCUCCGUGCUCCCCACCAAUGUGACCUGGGUGGGCUGCCAGGGCAGUGAACGCCACUUCCGUGGUUACCCCUGUGGGCUCUGGACCAUCUUCCAUCUGCUGACUGUCCAGGCUGCCCAGAAUGGCCCUGAUAAAGAGUUACCCCUGGAGGUGCUGAGCACCAUGCGCUGCUACGUCCGGCACUUCUUCGGCUGCCAGGAGUGCGCCGAGCACUUUGAGGCCAUGGCAGCCAAGUCCAUGGACAAGGUGGCGAGCAGGGAGGAGGCCAUCCUCUGGCUCUGGUCCCACCACAACGAGGUCAACGCUCGCCUGGCGGGAGGUGACACGGAGGACCCCAAGUUCCCCAAGCUGCAGUGGCCUCCGCCAGACUUGUGUCCCCAGUGCCACAAGGAGGAGCGGGGGGUCCAUGCCUGGGAGGAGCCAGCCGUGGUCACGUUCCUCAAGGCACACUUCUCUCCGGCCAACAUCUACAUGGACUUCGCUGAGCCCGACCCCAUCCCCGUGGCCAGGGAAGGGCCGGGAGCCAGGCUGGGCACGGAGGGCCCGCGAGAGGAGAGGGGGAGAGGAGAAGAGGAGGAAAAGGAGCCAGAGGGCGAGGCGAGAAUCCCGGGGCGCCCGGGCUCCCCAGAGCCGCGGCGCCCCAGCAUCGUGCGGCUGAACCCCAAACUGCGGGAGGGGGGCGAGGACAUCGUGGACCUGGAUUCCUUCAGCGAGCAGCACUUCAAGAGCCAGGCGCUGCGA